ACCGAAAAUAUCAGCCAUUUUGUUGUUUGAGCGUUGAAAAAUUUUCGGCAUUGAUUCGAUUAGAAUUAAACGGAGAAUAAAGCGAAUUUAUUUAUAUAUUUAAAAGGCCUCAUUGCCUUCAAGCCCAGAGCUUGGCUAACACAAGAAAAAAUCACAUUAAACCAAUACGAUGAGUGGUUCUAAUGCAAAAUCCUCGGGGACUGGCUUUGGGAACCUCAUGCUCAUUCCCAGCAUCGAGGAGAAGAACAAACAAAUCCAACAGGAGACGAUGAUGGAGAAGUUGCGGGCAAAGUAUCGGAACAAGCCAAAGUCCUACGAGGAGAUCAAGAAAUCCGUGCGAAUGUACUUCAUCGAGAAGCAUUAUCCGUUGGAUCCACUUUGCAAGGCCACCCUACAGUCGGCGCUGGACAAGUUGCAGCACUACAUCAAGGUGACAUCGCGACACGGCCUCGUUGAACGGUUGGAGAGCCUCUCAAGGCAGCUGGGCCUUAAAUUCAUGGAGGACCAACAGCUACUGUUCAUCUCAACCGACAUGUUUUACGUCGAGAUCCUACUCGACGCUUCAGGCAGUUUGACAGAUGUCAAAGUGCACCACGAGUGCAAGAUAGAGCAACAGUCUAGCGAAAUGGUAGCAUGCCUCAAGUCCGGCGACUUCGCCGACUUCACUGUCCAGCUAGAGGGCCUGUCCUCUAUAUACCAGCUGAACGCCGAGCCCAAGGUUAAGAAAAAAGCGUUUGUUGCGCUGCAGGCGCUAGAAACGGAUAUCCAGAGCCUCUACCAAAUGCAGUUACAAAAUCACUCCGGCGACAGCUAUUCCCUGAUGACCAGCUCUUCCGUCGGAUUAGUGCUGCCCAGACGCGGAGGCCAUCCGAUGAAGCUGACCUACUUCUGCCCGCCACUCCACCUGCCCGAGGGUGAUCCAAAGCAGGCCAGUGGCGACUUCAGCAUUGAUAAGGUGAUGCGUAGCACCCACGGCUUAAGUGCCACCGUCAACCUAGAAGGCUCUUCGGCUAACAAACUGCAGACUAUGCCAACGGUGUCGUUUGUUCGUGAUGCGCAAACGGGCCUGGAGGUCCCCACCUACGCUCAACUUAAUCAGAACAACUCCCUGCUGAUGCCGGCCACAUAUGUGCUUCGGCUAAACAAGCCCAUGCCCGUGUGCCUUGAGUCGUUAAAGGGAUUGGGAUUGCCUGGGCUGGACGCGAUGGCUACGCCCCCCACGGCGCCCACCACAGUGCUCAAUCUAAUUGUUCAGACAGCGUCCAAACAGGCGAUUAGAAAUACACAGCGUGGACUAUAUGUGAAUCUGCCAAAGGAGACACAUUGCUACUUCUUUACCGACAACCGUAAACUUCAGGGCACGCUGGUGUCUUCGUUGCCCUUCACGGAGCCCGCCCAAGUGCCGCGGAUCGUAGCGUUCCUGAAGAAGCAGGCACUCUUUUAUACGCUUCUCGCCAGCUGCGUUCGCGAGCAGCAAAAGCAGUAUAAUGAUAUGGACAGCACUGUGAUACUGGAGGUUACUGCCGUUUCCUUCAAUCAGAUCACUGUUGAGCUUCAGCAUCCUUACGAGGAGUCCUUGGCAACCGUGGAUUUUUUGCUGGAAGACAGUCAGCCUACCUGUAGCGUGUACUGUCUGAGCAACGAGUACGAGCAGCUCUCACAAAAACUCACACGCACUGUCCGUAAGGUUGUUUCCAUCCCAAUGGUUAUCUACAAGCUGCUUAAGUGCUGGGACGAGGAACACGAGUUCAAGUUGCAUGGCGUUAUGGGUCCCGGAGCGGGAGCUGCGGGAGCAAUCGGAGGUGGAGGAGGAGGCGGAUCAGUUGGAGGCGGAGGCGGAGGAAGCAAUAGCUUUAAUCAGUUUACCAUGGACACGGCACCACCUCAAGAUGGUAGUCUGCCUGGCGGUGGUUUCGCCAAUAUCAACAGUCUCAAAAUGGACUCGAAAACGCGGUCUCUGGCAGAUUCCUUUGCUGCCUCAACCUCGGCUGCUGCGGCCAUCGCGGGUCUGAUGAACUUAAAACGCGAAACGGAUACCCAGGCUGGCGUUUCAUCUGGCGGACCCUCGGUUAGCUGCAGCUCCAGUUCUGCGGCCGCCGUAAAAAGCACUGAUCAGGAAAUUGCUGACAAGUACAAGAAUAUCUGGAAGGACAAGACCCCGAAUCUGAAGCACUGUGUCAGCAUUACUCCCAUUUCAGGAGACGGCAAGUCAAGUUCAGUAGGGUCAACUAGCACUGGUGGAGUCGUCCCCGGCGUCGAGGUUCAACGAACUGGUGGCAUUGAGAUAAUUCCACUUAACGCCCAAACUUCUGUCGCUGGCGGUGGUUCAGCUUCCUCGUCCAGUACGGCAGCUACAACCAUAACAAUAACUCCCAUUACGGGGGGUAAGGAAUCUAUCAAGGAGUCGUCGAAGAAGAGUAGUACCAUUCCGGCCGGAGCUGGUGUAACAACUAAGCGACCACAUGAAAGCAUUGCUAGUAGCUCCUCGUCUAGUGGGAGCGGAACAAGUGGAUCGACCUCAUCCUCCACUAGCACCAGCUCCUCCGAUACGCAAAAGGAGAAAAAACGGAAGAAGAAGCGCGAUGAUUCACCGAUGGGACCGCCAGAGAAGAUCUACUCGCGCCAAAACUCGCCUGCUGCUGGCGGCGAUUGCUCCUCGUCCGGUGGAGUGGUGCGAAAGUUUUCGUCACCCUCGUCGUCACCCAAGGCAGGCGGCGCAAGCCAGGGUCUAAUGGCCGGAGUGCCACCAGGGCGUCCCAGCCCGAAACACUCGCCCGUCUACAGCAGCCCUAAGCAUAACACCGCCUCCAACAGUCCAAAGUCACCGUUCGGCACCCACUCUCCCAAGCACGGAUCGUCCGGCAAACCGAGCAUGUCCACGCUGAAAAGUGCGGCCACGGCAGCAACUAGCCUAAGUCCCAAGGGGGACAAGUCCUCAUCUUCUGCGGGAGCCGUACCAUCGGGAGUAGUACCCUCUUCUUCGGGUCCUGGAGUGACACCAGGUCUGGUGCGAUCUUUUGCCAGCGUGGGCGCACCGCCACCACCACCUCCAGUUCCUCCACUGACCAGCACGACCGGAUCAGUUGGGAGCGGGAGCAGCGGCCAAAGCGUUAAAAAAGAGAAAUCGUCCUCAGGAUCCGGUUCUAAUGCCGCUUCAUCUACAAUGGCUGCUGGUGCUUCUUCCGUCGCCGGGGGAGGAAUUUCUCCAGCCAGUGUGGCGGCUGCAGUUGCAGCCUUGAAAUCCUCGCAGCAGCAGCUGAAGUCGUCGGUUUCCAGUCUUUCUCAUUUAGCGGCCGGUGGAGGAUUAGGCAGCUACGCGGCCACGUCGGGUGCUGGUGGACCAUCGGCAGCAUCAGCAUCAGUGGUGGUGGGAGCAGGUGCUGGAGCAGGAGCUUCCGGGUUGGAGCUGAGUGCCCUGCGGAAGAGUAUGGCGGGAGGUGCGGUUAGUUUGAUGACGUCGACGGCAGCUUUAGCAACAACAACCCCGUCAGCACCAGCAACAACAACAACAGCAGCGGCAGUAGCAGCAACAUCAGCGGGACAAUUGGCUCCUCCAACAUCGCUGGUGGGAUCGCGACCGGGUCCGGCAGCACAAGCAGCGGCGGCAGCAGCGCCAACAGCGGCAGCAGCAGCAACACUAGCAACAACAGCAGCAGCGGAAACGGCAACAAUGCUACAACAGCAGCCGGGAGCGGUGCCACCUAGUAGCUGCUUGGCGACUAGCGGCUGCAGUUUGGACUCCGCCGGAAGCAACACUCUUUCCGGAGCUUCCACGGAGUACAUGGUGAAGCCCAGCAGCCAGGAGGGCCUUAAGCUAACCAUCAACAAGACAGGUAGCAACAAGAGCUCCAGCUCCAGCUCUGGUUCUAGUACCAUAUCCAGUUCUUCAACUGGCGGACAAGGAAAAUCGAAAAGCAGCAGUGGAGGUGUGGCGAGCUCAUCGGGGUCAUCUGGUUCUACCAAAAAGCAACACACGGGUCUCAAGCCUGGCGUGAACAGUGGACCCGCCUCCAAAAAAGCCACACAAGCCGCUUCAGCCGCAGCUAGCUCUUCUUCCAGUAAGCAUCUCUUCCAAAAAGCAAAUUCAUCUGGUAGUCUCAGCACCAAAUUGAGUGGGUCGAGCGCCGGUGGAGGAGUGCCGCUUACAAAGAGCAACAGCACCAACUCUUUUCAAGAACAUAACGCCCCUAGACGACGUCCCAGCAUGGGAGCACUCGCCACUGUUAGUGGUGGUGGUAGCAGUUCUCAGCGCAAGUCCAGCAGCACUGUGGUGGGCCUAGGUGGAUCUUCGGGAGCAGUUUCACCAGCUGCCCACGGUGGUUCCACCUCACAGCCGCCGCCGCGGUUUGAUCAUCACACCGACAUGAUGACCAUCUUGCAGUACGCUUCGCCAACGAUGGCCGCCAGUAUGGAGGGUUUCAUCAAAGGGCUGCACAACAAGUUCCAGAUACCGAAACUUUCGCAACGAGGAAGCGGGACUAACACCCCCAGUGGGCGCAGUACGCCCAGCGCGGAUCAGCUGUCCACGACCUCAUCAACUUCCACAUCUAGUGCAACUGUUCCUUCAAGCGGACUGCCAGACCCGGAAGCCAAGCCGCCGGCACCACACCCUUCUCCAGGUGGCAAUGAUGGCCUCCUCAACCUUAGCAGCACGGCUGGAAUGCCAUCAGCGGAUGGCAUUGAUGAGGAGCUUCUAGCCAGCCUGGCCGGGGAAUGACGGAAGGUGCACACUAAAGAGAUAUUCCUGUUGCUCUAUGCAUUCGCAUUGGUUAAGUGAGUUUUUAAAUUAAACUUAAUAUAGAAGACAACUUUGAUCACUGUUAAACUAAAAGUUUUACUUAAUAUUUCUAUUUUACUUUUAAUUGUAACUUAUUGUUCUUAACUCUUAUGGCCAAUAUUAAUAUUUGUUUAAAUUAAAAGAUAUGACAUCAAAUUUGGUACAAAAUCUCAGAGAUUAUAAUAGAUUCUGUGGAGUCGUAAUGAUAAAAAGAACUGUUAAACCUUUAUUUAAAGUUAUAUUAGGUAAAACAAAGCGAUAUCAAGUGCGAAACGUGUCGCUCUAAAUAUUAUAUAAAAUAUAAGAAUAUUCAAAAAAGGCUUA